CUGCCGCCUCAUCUCCCGCUUCGCAGAAGGGUGUUCUCCUUACGCCGGGCGGGGUUCCGGCCUUCCCUCUUUCUUCCACACGCGCAGCCGCAGCCGCGGCCGUUCUUUAUCACUUCCGGUCUGUGUAUUUCCGGGUCGCCUCCCUCCCUCAGGGUACGGGUCUCGCUAGCCCCUCGGGUGGCUGGAGCAGCGAACUCCCGUGGCCGGCUCCAGCUCCUUUACCUACCGCAUUCUCCUUGCUACGGCCCGGAGCGGCAGCGGCCUCCUCAAAACCACAAUUGUCCAAGACAGGUAACAUGCCAGUUCCCUUUAAGAUUGCCAUGCCCCCUGAAGAGAAGCCAUGGAAGAGAUGAGGUAGCUGCUACCUGGGAAUGUUCUAGGAAAGCUGAUUUCAAUGGAUACGAAAUAUAAAGACGACUUAUUCAGGAAGUACGUGCAGUUUCACGAGUCCAAAGUGGAUGCCUCCAGCACUAAGCAGCGACCUGUCAAUGAUGAGUACCUCCGGGUGGCAGCCUCAGCCGUACUCAGUCUGCAUAAGAUCGAGCCCUUUUAUAGAUUCCGGUUGAUCAAAUUUUAUGAGGUGGUUGAGAGCUCCCUUCGCUCACUGAGGUCCUCUAACUUGCGGACUCUCCACAGCGCAUUCAACAUGCUGGAGACAGUGGGAAUCAACCUUUUCCUUUAUCCUUGGAAGAAGGAAUUCAAAAGUAUUAAAACUUACACAGGACCUUUUGUUUAUUAUGUGAAAUCAACAUUGCUAGAAGAAGACAUCAGAGUUAUCCUGAAUUACAUGGGCUAUGUCCAAGAUCUUGGAAGUGCAUACAGACUCAAAGAAUUGGUAGAAACUUUGCAGGUGAAAAUGGUCUCUUUUGAGCUUUUCUUAGCCAAAGUAGAAUGUGAGCAGCUUCUUGAGAUACACUCCCAGGUGAAGGACAAGGGUUACUCAGAGCUGGAUGUGGUGAAUGAGCGGAAGCACAGCAGUGAAGAUGUGAGGGGCUGCUCGGAUGCCAUGAAGAGGAGGGCAGAGUGUAAGGAGAACCUCACUGCUUCUAUGGCACGGAUGGCCCUUCAGAAAUCAGCCAGCGAGAGGGCAGCAAAAGAUUACUUUAAGCCCAAAGUAAAUAAGCCUUCCAAGUCCAUGGACACUUAUGACAAUUACUGGGAGAGUAAGAAGCCACCACUAAUGACUUCACUUAGCCUCAGGAAGGAGCCUGCAGUAGCAGAUGUGGAAGAUGACAUCAAAGAUGAAAUUAUUCGACCAUCUCCCUCUCUCCUGACCAUGUCCAGCUCCCCACGUAGCUGCUCUGAUGAAUUUGUGUCCCUCUCCUCAAAUCCCAAUGGCAUGUUACGAACCGUCCCCCCUUAUAACACCUAUUUUUCCCCUCAAGAUGACCUAGACCUUUACACCGAUCCAGAUUCCAGGGGUACAUAUAGGAGACCAGAUUCUCUCAAGCCAGAUGUGUGGCUAUUCCGAAAUGACUCUAAUCCCCUUUACCAUAAGCGUACACAUCCCGCCAAAGAGACUGCCUCUUCCAAGUGCCAAAGCUGUGGCCUCACAUGUGGCUCCUCACUCUGCCAACGGUGUGACAGUGUACUCACAUGUCGGCAGGACUAUCCUGUCACCAAACAGAACAGCUUCCCCAUAAAAUCAGGCCCCCAUGAUGGUUUAUCUCAUGGGGCUACUCUGAGGGAGAAGUCUCUGUACACGGCACAGACUCAGGGCCCUGAAAGGGCAUCUCACCUCCACUCAAAAUCCAAGGCUACAGCUGCAUCCCGCUGUGGCUUCUGCAACCGGUCAGGGGCCUCUAACACAUGUGCAGUCUGUUCAAAAGUCUCAUGUGAUACCUGCCUCACUGCUUACCACUACGACCCAUGCUGCAAAAAGAGUGAGCAACACAAAUUCAUGCCUAACAGUCAACUUAACUAUAAGUCAACCCAGUUCUCCCAUCUCGUGUAUAGAUAGACUCGAACUUGCAUAUUCUGCACAAAGGGCUAUAACUGUACUUUGUGACUUCCUUGGUGAAGUCUUAUGCUGACCUCGAAAGUGGAGCUAUGCUGACCUGUGGGGAAUGACAUUACGCCUCUCUGCUGUUGGCGUGUUUGUGUCCUCAUCUACACUAUACACUCCUUGGGAUCCACACUGCUGUCAUCUUUCCAGCAAUGGAUGCUCUGUGAUUCAAUAAGGGGAGGGAACCAGGCUUCCUUUUCCAGUUUGGCGCUUGGGCUUGCUAGUGCUCUUACAUGCACCCAACCCCCCCCCCCCAGUUUUGUUUUUUAAAGGAGUUUGAUACUUGGGCUUUUCAAAUGACUCCCCAGCUCCCCCACUGCUGAGAGCUGCAGUGCACUGGGGAGGGACACUCACAAAGAUCUGUGGUUCCCAUUCUGGAGACUAGUGAGAGGUUUGUGAAAGCAGCACAUUCCUUCUUUUAGGAGCUCUAGUGCUGCCCAUGGAGGUUUAUGUCAAAGUGCUUCCGGAAAUAUCCAACACCCCCUAACUCCCACCCCCUUCCCCCUCCAUCCACGUAGAUAUUAUUUGAAAUAAUCACCAGGAUCCCUGAGUGGGCUGUCCUGUACCCCCUCAUAUUUGGCUCUCUAGGUUUUAAAGUCUGAACAGAAGACAGUCAUGCUUGAUUUUUGUAGUGCUGCCAAUAGCUUCCUCUAGUGUACUGUACAGUAUCAGUGGACUUAUUGACAUAUUUGCGUUGCAUCCAUCCAAGAGGCCUGAUUUUAAUUCCUUUCUGUUGCACACGUAUUGACUCUCUUCUUUGUACUGUAAAUAGGUGAUUUGAAAAGUUUUAUUUUUUAAUAAAUAUUUUCCUUGUUGUGUGCUUAAAACUGGUAAAAAUCAUUACAUGGCUAUUUAUAACUUCUCCCUGGGCUUUUUGUUUGUUUGUUUGUUUUCAUCCUCGGGGGUGGGAAUGGGGCAUCUUAUGUUGGUUUGAUUUGCUAUUUAGUUCUUAGCUUCCUAAUGUUCCCUGAGUGAAGUUGUUAGUAGUGGAAAGGAACAUUGAAGAUGGAUGGGUUCCCUUUUUGAGUCAGUAGAGGUAACUAAGCUGUUGUCUUCCCUUUUACCACACACACACACACACACACACACACACACACACACACAUACACACACACAUAUAUAUAUAUACUGUGUACAUAUAGAUACCUACCUCCCAUUUGCACUUCUUGGGGGUUAGUGCAGACUUAGCAGUGAGGCUCUGCCCCUGUAGACUAUAGUACUACCCUCAUAAAUUUAGAGGCCACACUAAGGGCCUUAUCCUCAGGACUUCACUAUGCCCCUAUAGUCUCUGGCACAAAAAAUUGGACCUGACCCUCCUAAUUGUUUAGGUCUUGUCUCUGAAGGAAAUGUAACUUAGUCAUUCCUUGUAACUCACUCUCCCCCCACCCCCUCAGUUUUCAGAAUGAGACAGACAGUUUGAGAUAUCUUUGCACUUAAAAUAGCCAGAAACUGAGUGCUUACUAGAUAGUUUUAAGUAUGCUUGGCCUGUUCUAAAAACUCCCUCCAUCUGAAGGACACUUUUCAUUCCUGAUUUAUGCAGUGAAUGACCAACUAACUCAUCUUUAAAUUUUGAUUUGAGGUAAGGAGGGAAUAGGGGAAGAGUAAGAAAUUCCAAAUAGCUUAUUAUUUAUGAACAUGCAAAAUUAUUUUAGCCAUAAGUCUGUCAGAUGUACAAAUCUUUUAGGACCUUACCAAAUGUAUUUCUAAGAGCAAAGCAAAAAAGAUGUUUGGCUUUUUUUUUUUUUUAAGAGAAGGGAGCAAAUUUGAACUUGGCUGAACAUGGUGGUCAUUGUUAACUUGAUAAGCUCCAAGCUCAGCUGAAUGAUUUUUUUCCUCAAUCAUCUGUUUUUUUAAAAGUCAAUCUCUCUCUCUCUCUCUGUACAUACAUAGACACAUAUAUCUGCUAGAUCAUGUGUAGUAGAUACACUGUAUAUAAAGCUGAAUUUUAAAGACUUUCACUACUGAGAUUAGCUACUUCAUUCUGAAGUGUCAUGCCUAUCCUACUUCUGAGGUCUCUAGUUCUCUUGUCCCGUGUCCAUUGCCCACUGCACAUUUUCUAACAAACUGUGAAGCCACGUGACUUAGAUGGUGAACUGUAGCCCGGAUGACUGCAUUAAUAAAAGUUCUGUGUACAGUACAUAUUGUUAUGGAAAUACUGUUGUUCAAAACUAUUGAAUUGCAAGUGCUCUGACCGUGCACUCUUGGUGUGUAUCUUAUUGUACCAGGUUGCUGUGAUUGAGACAGUAAAAGCAUAUCUGACUUAUAAAUGGAGGUGUUUUGCAUUUGAUUUCUACCAAGAUAGCUGAAGUGAUGAGAGAUGAUUUUAAAAAUAA